AUGUCUGCCGUGGCGUUCCAGGACCUUCCUCUCAACAUCUACAUGGUCAUCUUCGGGACCGGAGUCUUCGUCUUUGUCCUCAGCCUCAUCUUCUGCUGCUACUUCAUCAGUAAACUGAGGCACCAGGCUCAGCGAGAGAGGUUUGGAUACAAAGCGGUGGUAUUCAAAGGGGAUACAAAGAAACUGAAUCUACACGGGCAGACAUGCGCCGUGUGCUUGGAGGACUUCAGAGUGAAAGAUGAGCUAGGAGUGUUGCCAUGCCAACACGCCUUUCACCGGAGUUGCCUGGUGAAGUGGCUGGAGGUGCGCUGUGUGUGUCCCAUGUGUAACAAGCCCAUCACUGGACCACCUGAACAUCACCACAGCCUGGGCACACUACUGGAUGAACUGGUGUAG